CAGCAUGCGAAUUAUCCAUAAUUCAUGCGCCUUAAGGUCUUAAGUCUCGAUGGGUGUAAGGAUGCUGCUACACGUUGUCAAUAAUCAAUAAAGCGUUUGAAUGAUCUCCUCUCCUCGUCUCCUCCCCGCAGACGCGCUGCGCAUCAUCCAGCGAUCGCGCUCCCUCACUCCAGCACUCGCGCUUCCCAAGAGCGCGUCUUAUGUGAGCUCAACGGACGCGUCAUUUAACGCCAGCAUCUCGGUCAUUCAUCCUAGGCAGAGCGAGGUAAACGCAGACGAGAGGAGGAGAGGAAUACAGACACUUCACGUAGACAGAAACGCGAGACAAGGUCGACGCGGGCGCGUGUGUUUUGCGCUCUCUCCGCGCGUUGGAUUGCAGGGGUCUUAAAUCUGGAGGCGAGGACCCAGGGAUGAGCCUGCUGUCGGGGGGCUUCGGCAUGGCGGGCUGGGGGUCCUGUUGGGUUCUGAUGCUGCUCGCGCUCUGGAGGCCCGGUGCCGCUUGUCCGGAGCUGUGCACAUGCACCGGCGCGCGGAUCUCGUGCGUGGAUGCGGAGCGCAGCAUUAUGGCUUUUCCCAUGCUACAGUCCGAGGCAGAGAUGGAGAACAUCACAGACAUAUACAUUGCAAAUCAAAGCGGCUUCAAAUCCAUUAAUGAAAAAGAUCUCGACUCGUAUCGCAACCUCAGAAACUUAACUGUAACAAACACCAGGCUGGCAUAUAUUUCCAGGCAGGCCUUUCAGAGCAACCCCAAACUACAAUAUAUGAAUCUCAAAGAGAAUAUUCUGUCUAAUCUAUCCUGGAGGACGUUUCGCCAUUUAAACAUUUCAUACCUGUUGCUGGCAGGCAAUCCUUUGCAGUGCAUAUGUGAAAACGUGUGGCUGAAGCAGUGGAGAGGAGAGGAGGCCGAGGACCUGCUGUGUGUGGAGGAGGGAGGAAAGAGGACAGCGCUGUCUACACUCACACUGCCGAACUGUGUUCUCCCCACUGUGACUCUGAAACCCACUAAAGUGACCAUGCGGAACGGGUUAAACGUGACGCUGGUGUGCAACACCUCAGGAACGCCCACACCGACUCUGAACUGGACCACCUGCAAAUUAAAUUCAGCGUACGAGCAGGAGCGCUCAGGUCAGAUGUCAGAGUUUAGACUCGUGAAUGUCUCUUCCCUGGACAACGGAUGCAAAAUGACCUGCAGGUCUGAAAACAUGGUGGGAGAGGCUGAGGCCUCUGUGGAUCUGGACAUAUUGUUUCCACCUGUAAUCAGCAAGCUGAUGGAUGCAGUCUCAGACCACCACUGGUGCAUUCCCUUCAGCGUGUCGGGCAACCCAGAGCCUAAACUGAGCUGGUUAUUAAACGGCAAACCCGUGGAGGAGGGUCCCUUUAUCCGCACCAUGGUCCACGAUUACUCAGAGGGCGGGUACCACGGGUGCUUACACCUGGACAGUCCCACACACAUCAACAAUGGAAAAUACUCACUGGUGGCCAGUAAUACAUACGGAGAGGACCGCAAGGCAGUAUUUGCGCAUUUCAUGCACGAGCCUUGGAACGAAUCAGUUACUGAUCCACUGUAUUAUGAUCCCACUACAGAUGACACUCCUCUUGGACCGCCUGAGGGCAAAGUCGCUGUGUACGUGGUCGUGGGAAUUGCGGCGGUCACAUUCACAGGCUUCAUCUUGAUGCUCGUCAUUCUGAAGUUUGGACGGAACUCAAAGUUUGGAAUCAAAGGUCCUUCCUCAGUCAUCAGUAAUGAUGAUGACUCUGCCAGUCCUCUUCAUCAUGUGUCCAAUGGCUCUAACACACCCUCGUCCUCUGACAUGAACGCGGAUGCCGUCAUCAUUGGCAUGACCAAGAUUCCUGUCAUAGAGAACCCGCAGUACUUCCGCAGCACAGGCAGUCUGCUCAAAUCUGAUACAUUUGUUCAGCACAUUAAGAGGCACAACAUUGUACUGAAGAGGGAACUUGGAGAAGGAGCGUUUGGGAAAGUGUUUCUGGCCGAAUGCUACAACCUGUCCACAGACCAGGAGAAGAUCUUAGUGGCUGUCAAGACUUUGAAAGAGGCCAGUGAGAAUGCCAGGAAGGACUUCCAUCGUGAGGCCGAGUUGUUGACCAAUCUGCAGCAUGAACACAUCGUCACAUUCUACGGCAUGUGUGUGGAGAGCGAUCCCCUUAUCAUGGUGUUUGAGUACAUGAAACACGGCGACCUCAACAAGUUCCUUAGGGCUCAUGGUCCUGAUGCAGUCCUGAUGGCUGAUGGACAGGUGCUGCAGCAGGCAGAGCUCACUCAGUCUCAGAUGCUGCAUAUUGCACAGCAGAUCGCCGCAGGCAUGGUGUAUCUGGCUUCCCAGCACUUUGUUCACAGAGACCUGGCCACACGAAACUGCCUAGUCGGGGAGAAUCUCCUGGUGAAGAUCGGAGACUUUGGGAUGUCCCGAGACGUCUACAGUACAGAUUACUAUCGGGUUGGAGGGCAUACCAUGCUGCCAAUCCGCUGGAUGCCACCAGAAAGUAUCAUGUACAGGAAGUUCACAACGGAGAGUGAUGUCUGGAGUUUAGGAGUGGUGCUGUGGGAGAUCUUUACCUACGGGAAACAGCCCUGGUAUCAGCUGUCAAAUAAUGAGGUGAUUGAGUGUAUCACCCAAGGUCGUGUCCUGCAGCGACCCCGGACCUGUCUAAAGGAGGUGUAUGACUUGAUGCUGGGAUGCUGGCUGAGAGAACCACACACCCGACUCAACAUUAAAGAGAUCCAUAACCUGCUCCUCAACCUGGCCAAGGCAUCACCGGUGUAUCUGGACAUCCUGGGUUAAGAGAGCUCGUACCACGUGUGGGACUGCGAGUGGAUUCCUGAAACUGCCCCCUCCUCUAUCCCACCCAAAAUCUCUUUCUUCUACAGCUUUAACAUCUACUUCCUUGUCCACCUCCUCGUCAACUGCACCUCUUCCAAAUAUUAAAUGUAAAUGGGAUCUUGUCCAUGUACAAUAACUACGAAUGAUAUAUUUCUAAACAAAAAUGGAUUGAAUGGAAAGAGCCACAUUGAAGUGACUAUAGCUUAAGUUACCAAGAACCAAAUUUUCAACCAUCUUCAACAUCUGGAGCAAGUUCACACCUAUAAAUUCCAGUUUGGGAAAAAGGCAUUCUGGACUUGAGGAAUAACAACAAAGGAAUAAUCCUUGAGGAAUAAUCCUCUUAACAACAAAGAGGAAACAGCAGCUCCAUAAGCAAUGACCAUUUACAAAUAAACAACUUUUCUGCCCAUCAGAUGGAUUUGGUCUUGUUGGCUCCCACCUGUUUCAUUCUAAAUCCGAUACAAAGCACAGAACCUGAAAUUAGCAUGGUGAUCAACAGUGAGAAACUGCGACUAUAUCUAUACGUAUUCAUGCGUGUUUAUAGAACUGGACGUUACUAAUGUAGUUUCACGGUUGAGCGACUCUAAUUAUAAGCUUCUGGAUGCUGACAGGAUGUUGUUGCUGCCGAACUCAUCUGAAAUGGAGAAGUAACUCACUAAAAUGUGUCUGGAUCAUAGGCGUUAUUUAUAGUGGGACACGUCCCCACCACUUUUGCCAUGGCCAAUUUUGUCCCUCCAUUUCCACCAAUUUUGUCCCACCACUUUAUGAAAUGGCUUGCAGCAGCGUCAUGACAAGUGCAGUGGACUCCAAUUGUCAAGCAAGGGUUUGCGAUCUGGUGAUUUAAUUAGUCAUGAUGUAUGAUUUUUGGACAUUUCUACACAUAAUGUCACAUUUGACUUUUGACUUGAGCAGAUACUCUACUACUGACCUGAUUUCCAUAUCAAUGCUUAAUUUUUAUAAGAUCAUAUUCAAUUAUUUGUGCAUAACCUUAUUAAUAUUCAUAAGCUAAGCCUUCACCAUUUUGUGACGUCACAACCAGCAUGUCUGUUUUCUGCACCUGUGUCCACCACAGAAUCGACACCUAUAGCCUCCAGGUUGUUGACGCCGUUCACUAUUGAGGGCUAGAUGGAAUAAUUUGAGACGAUGCUGUGCCUCAGUACCAUCAGCUUGCAUUUCUUACAGGAGCUUAAUUACGCAGAGUGGCCGAUUAUGAUGGUGCGGGCUAAAUUACGACCUUUCUUUCUCUCUUUCUCGUUCGCCAUGUUUUACUACUGAGUGGACGCACUAAUGCAGUACUCAAGCUUCGGGUUGUACAACUGCUAUAGUGUAAUAUAUAUUUCAUUACAGGACAAAUGUCUCCUAUUAGCAGCAACUCCCUCUAGACUCAUAUGCACUAUCAGUGGGGAAAAGAGGAGAGACAGGAGGGGACAGGAUGGAGAGAAUGAGACGAGGGGAGGAAAAUAAUGUUAAACAGAGAUAAACAUGAGUCACCUCACUUAAAACCCACAUUUCUCCUUCCUUUUAUUGUACAUAAAUGAUUAUAUGUAUUUAUCACUAUAGAGAUCCUAUCCCAGCAUCCUUUUUGUUUGCGUUCAUUAUUGCACCGUCAGUCCCUUCUCCCAUGGGAGACUUUGCACACUAGACUCAAUGCCGUGAAUUUGACAACAAACACCUUCCAAUCAAUUCAGAGUUUUAAGCGUAAAGUCCCAAAAAGAAUUUAAGUUUGGAGUUAAU